AAAAGUCAUAUCUCCUCCGGCAGUGGAUAAAGAACAUCGGACGAUCUUACAAUAAAGCCAGGUAAAACGGCGAUAGUAACUGCAGCAGCAUGAUAUCGUUGAGCGGCACUUUGCCGUUCUGCAUGGCGCUGCUAUUUUGCGUGGCCAUUACAUCAUGCAGAGAAAUAAGGGAUCGCCGCGACCUUGAGACGGCCGAGUCCAAACAUCACUUCGAGAAGGGUGGUGGUGAGGAACACCACUCCGACCACUUCCACCACCACGGGGACAAGGGUGACAAGGGCUACAAGUCACACCAUGACCACGAGAAGGGAGAGAAGGGCCACCACGACAAGGAGGGACACCAUGGUCACUAUCAUGACCACGAAGGUCACAAGAAACACCACCACCACGACGACGGCUACCACGCUGAGCACCACAAGGGCGAAAAGGGUGAGAAGGGUCACAAAUACGGUGAGAAGGGACACUAUGGAAAAGGGCACAGCACCAAGGGCCACCACGAAGUCAAGAAACUCGACGAGUACAAGAAGGACAAGGAGUUCCAUGACGAACACCACGACUCCGGUCACCACGAGAAGCAUGGCGGACAUCAUCACGAGCAUGGGCACAAGAAGGGCGGCCACCACAAGGGAGGCCACCACCACAGCGGCCAUCACGAGGACCACUACGGAAAGAAAGGACACCACGAAAAGGGAUCUCAUCACCAUGACCACAAGGGUCACAAGGGCGCCGGAGGUCACGACGAGCACCACCAUCACCACCAUGGAUACGGAAAGAAGGGAGGUCACGAGGACCACAAGAAAUGGGCUUUCAAAAAAGGACAUUAAAUCCUGCAAGAUCGUCACUACUUCGAAAUACCGCCAGCUGGUUACGGCGUUCCUAGGCGUCGACUACGCUGUCUUGCUAAGAGCGUGGCUUGUUGAGCAGUUGUUGUUGUUAGUCCUAAUUAAUUGUUAUUGUUGACUUAUUUAUAGAACAAUAAAACAAUCACUCUACCCGUAA